UUGGCAUAAACAAGAGAAAUCGCCUGUUUUUAUAUUUCCCAUGUUCCCCGUGAAAUUAUAAGUUAAGUGUUGUGGAUUUAAUUGGGAAAGUGUUCAUAUGUAAAAAUAUGUUAUGAAAGAUGUAGUUAGAAUGUAAAUAGGUGCGGAAACAAAUGUUUGGUGUUUAUGUGGCAAAGAUAAUUGUUUUUCAUUUGUACGAUAUGAACAUGGCUCCGUCUACUGCUCAUCUUUUUUUCUAAUGCAUUUAUAUGCUUGUUAAUGUUUUGGAAAAUUCUACGAAUUCUCAAAGCAGAAUGAUUAUAAGACGCCCAGGCUGUGUCUGCGAGUCAGGCUUGAGUCUGGGCGCACUAUGAACCUAUUUGGCUGUGUAUUUUCGUGUGCACUGCAGCACAGUUGGUGGAGUGUUGGCAACGGUAACGAGCAUUGUAUGUCCGAGGAGUUCGUACACAGGAUGGGAGUAAAUGCAUCGACGACUCCGGGCACCGAAUCCGGAACGGGUCCCAACGGUAUGGGGGUGGAUUCCUGUACGCAGCCAUUUAGAGAUACCAUAACGGUCGUAAGAGAAAGGAAAAAGAAAGUGACCGGAUUCGCGACGCUGAAAAAGAAGUUCAUUCGAAGGCGGCGGUCUUCCAAGGCCUGCGAUCACGGACGGAUCCUACGAGAUCUGGUGUCUGAUUGGAGUCCACUGGAAGUCGCCGCAUUACUGGAAGAGUACGAGGCGCUGGCUGCCCUCAAGGAUCUCUGUGUUCAAGCGGAACUGGCGAGACCACCAGCUGCAACGUUCAAACAAGACCUUUCGGCUUUGUACGAUUUCAAAUAUUGUACGGACGCCGAUUUGGUUUACCGCGGGGCAUGUUUUCCCAUUCACCGGGCCUUGUUGUCGGCGCGUUGUCCGUAUUUUAGAGACUUGCUGACCGGCUGUCCGGGCUACGGCGCUCGUAUUUGUUUAGAGUUAAGAACCGCUACGGUAGAUGUACAAUUGUUUUCCGCUUUGUUAAGAUAUUUAUAUACUGGUGAUAUUUGUCCUCAUAAUACCAACAUUGAUAUGAACCUUCUGAGACGGCUCAGAGAGGAAUUUGGCACUCCUAACGCUUUAGAAUCGGACUUGCGUUAUCUACUUGAGACUGGUGACUACGCGGACGCCUCCUUAGUUUUUACGUCGGACGGUUCUGAUUGCCAAAGACCGGAUUCGGGUAGUUCGGAGUACGGUUUCAGGCCCAAAUUAGAGUUAGCAUGUCAUAAAGCAAUAUUAUCGGCAAGAUCUCCCUUCUUCAGGAAUCUCCUUCAACGUAGAUCACGAACUGGGGAAGAACACACCGAAAGAGCGUUACACAUACCUACCAGAAUUGUUCUUGAUGAGACUGUUAUUCCCAAAAGAUAUGCAAGAGUACUUCUUCACGCUAUAUAUUUAGACCAAGUAGACUUAACACUGAUCUCAAGAGGAGGCUGUGGCGGAGGUCUGGGCGAGGCCCAAGCUCUGGCCCAUACUGGACGGGCUAGACCGUCGCCUCUCGAAGAGGCCAUGGAAUUAUAUCAGAUCGGGCGUUUUCUAGAACUCGAUAUUCUGUCUCAAGGCUGUGAAGAUUUAAUAUUAGAAUGGCUGUCCCUAGAAACUCUACCCAAUGUAUUACAAUGGGCCCGUCAACCCCACGGAUCCGCUUGGGUACAUAGACAGGCACUUCAUUUUCUUCGAGAGGAAUUUCAACCGGUCGCCCAGUCACCUGUAUUACAUCAACUAGAUAAGAUUCAUUUAAUAGAAGUCUUAAAAAGUCCUUUUCUACAGGCUAGUGAACUAGAAAUUUUACACGCUGUGUUAAAAUGGGGAGAAAAUGAAUUAGUUCGUCAAAUGGAGGAUAGAGAACCAAAUAUCGUUAGUCACACUGCCCAUUCAGUAGCUAGAAAGGGUGUAAAGAAGCGUGACCUAAGCGACGUCGAACUGAGAGAAAUAUUGUCUGAUCUGUUACCACUCGUGAGGAUGGACCAUGUGUUACCUCCAAACAGUGAUAUUCUAAAUCAAGCCAUACGCCGAGGUCUCGUGAGUACGCCUCCUAGUCACAUGAUCGGGGGUGACAGGGAGAAUAUGCGAGUGAACGCUUGGAUUCGUGGUGGGAAAAAUAACGGACUAUUUAUUCAACCGAGAUUGUUCAUGCCAUAUUAUGAUGAGGUGAAGGUUCUAGUGGAGGAUCAGUUAGUACAAGAGGUAGAAUUGAUGAGAAUGAGACGAGCCCGAUACAUGCAGGAUAUACCAGACACUUUAUAUAUGGUUGAGGACAAGCCGAGGCCACACGGACCUGCGGGCGUGGACGUAUUGGCUUCUGUUUUGCCAGUACCUGAUCCUGCUGUUAUGAACGCAAUGUUAAAAAGGGAACAAAAACUUAGGCAAUCACCUAGCUGUCAACGUGCUCUUAAUAUGCCUUUAUCUUCGAGGCACGAAAUUAAUCGACAAAUUAGAUUGAGAGUAGUACGAGAAUUUAAUUUGCCAGAUCCUGUAGCGGAUAUGUUAGAGAACUGCUAUUGUGUGCCAGAUCAAAUAGAGAGCGAAAUUAAUGUUGCCACAGAACCAGUUAACGUGUCUCCUAAUAAAGUUCUAAAUACGUCAAGUCGCACUUGUGUAGGUCGGAACAUGACUUUCCCUAGACUUGGUACUGAUUCAACAUUACAUAAUCAGAGGCAAGAGCUACCAGCUGUGGUACCUGAAGGAGAUUUCCGAUUUAACAAUGAACCAGAGAGUAGUUCAUGUAGUGAUGGUCAUUUGUCUGAUAUAAUGCCGGAUGUAGCUAUGGCUACGGCGACUUUAGGUCAGAUACAAUUACAGGAACAGCAGGAGAUGGAACUGGAUCUAGGUGAUGGCACGACACAUAUACAUAAUCCGAUGGUUGGUACUCAACAGUUGAACAAUUCUUUACAUCAUCCGUUGGCGUUCAGGCGCUAUCAACCCUCAACUUAUCCGCAUCUUCGAUCUGAUUCGCAAACUUACCAUCCUCCUAUGCCUAGGUUCUUAUAGUUCUAAGUUUCUUUUUCUUUCAUCUGCUUUAGUGUUUUGUAUACAGGGUGUUUUUUAAGUUGAGAUGAUAAUUUUAAUUGGAGAUGGCUAGUAUUAAAAAUAAUAAAUAUAUUGAAUGGGCCAACGAACUAAGGGUGGCCAAAAGGUCGAUUUGAUUUUUUUUAGUGACUAAAAUUGGAAAUUAAAACAACUAUGAUAUUGAAAAUUGCUUUAGUACUAUAUAAAAUAUAAUUAUAAUACGCAAUAACAUUUUUAUUCUUCGUUAUUGUCAUUUUUGUUUUGAUGCUAGUUUUCUCUACAGCUCAACUUAUGAUAUACCCUGUAUAAUAUGUUUUUAUUAAUUCUCUAUUUAUUAAUAUGCAUUCUACGUACUUAGACCAAAGUUAGUAAAUACGUAUUUUUUGUUUUAAAGUUGCAAAAUGUUUGAAAGUUAAGUUUUUUAAAUAUUAUUCUAUCAGUAAUUAAAUAUCUGAUGCUUAUCUACAUUUUUAAUCUAGGCUACCUCAAAUAAUUGAUCUAACUUUGGAUGUUAAUUAUAUAUAUACUGAGAUUACAGCAAAUUUAAAUAUGACUAUGCACACAACAGCAAUUUGUUAUACCUUACUUUCUAUUUGAAUGUUAUUUUUUAAAAAAUAUAUAAAUUUUUAUCCUUGUUAUUUUAAUGUUUUUAUUUUUUCAUAAAAUGAUAAAAUAACUGGAUUUCGCAGUUGUGUGAUUUUACUCAGGAUAUUAUUACAACGACUGAUUUCUUUAAUGAAAGCACGUAUAUAUGUUUAUUAAUAAAAUAGAGUGUGUAUUGUACAUCUGUGAUUUUCUGUGAACAGAACAUGCUAGUUUUUAUUUAUUUAUUGAAAGAUAAUGGAUUCAGUAAAAUAAAAAAAUUGAAAAAAUGCCAUUGGUUGUGCUUAACAAUACAAAUUAAACAAACAAAAAAAAUAAGUUGAUGUACCUGUGCGUGUUUUUAGAUGUUGCUGUUUUAUGUAUGUAUGCAUGUAUGUAUGCAAGUGUGUAUGCAUACAUACACAUAUUAUAUAUACUUAUAUAAAUCUUGUAAAUUAGUUUCACUAAGUAGACAGUGUCCGUUUCGUUUUAACAUUUAAAAUUACUGAGGGUCGUGUUGUUUUCAGUAAUAGUUUACUACUCAGAAACUCCUUUAUAAGAUUGGUAUACGUACAGAUAUAUUAUAGACUGAAGUGUGACAUGUGUGUACUCGUAUAUGGAAAGUGCAAUGUGUACUUAAUACCUCUUUAUUGUUUUUUAUUUUUCAACACUUUAUUUUGAAUCAAAAUUCAGAGACACUAAUUUUUGUUAUUUUCUGUUAGGCAUAAUCUACAAGUUACCUACAUAAACGUAGUUAUACAUUUGCGUACGUUUCAGUAUAAAAAUGUGUUCUCAAUUAUUUUUUUCUUUUAACAUUGUUAUACAUAUAUAAAAAAUACAAAUAAAUGUUAGUUAACUCUAAAAUAUACUUAUUAUUCAAAUUUACCACAUCUCAUACAAAAAUGUAUCGUUUUUUUUUGUUAGUUUGUCAGUCCAGUCGUUUUAUUAUAAUUACAGAUUAUGUAAACAAUAGUUAACUGGAGUUAAUCAUCUUCUACUCAUCGAUUUGUAUAAAUAUGUAAUAAAAUUUUUUAUUAAACCGAAUUCGAUUAUUUAGGAUAAGGAUGGAAUUGUAACUAGAACCUUAAAGAAUAUAUUAAGAGGUUUUUUGAAUGCUUACAACAUUGAGGGGGUUUAUAGUCCGACUCUUAGUUGUGAUUCAGGAAUAGCUUGGAUAUAAGGCACCUUAUUGUUCGUAUUAUUCGUAAAAGGAACAUUGAAAUGUGUAAUGAAGUAGAAAAAUGUAAGUUCACACACUUUACUUUAAAAUUGACUUGUAUACUAUUUAUUUAUUAUAUUUACUUUUGAUGCGAAUUUAAAUUAAAUUUGACGAGACUUUAUGAUGUGUUUAAUAAACUGCCAAUACUUGAGAGGUAAUUUCCAUUUUUAUUAUGGUUAAAUGCUUAUUAUUUACGAUGGUGAAUUGUAUAAGAAUUUUCUCUAAUUGAAUUAGAUGAUUGUUCGAGAGUUGCCGUCGCUAUACUUUGUACAUACAAUUGUGAGUGGACAUUUGUAUAGAAAUAUACAAGAUUGUAGAAAAUCAUAACUGCCGCAUUUCAUGGAAAUUUGUUUAAACACCCUUUUGGUAUUGAAUGUUUUUAUUAUCUUGAAUAACUUGUUUUAUAGAUAAUUAUGCAUUUCGAAAAGUUAAAAUGAACGAACCAUUUAGGAAUAUCAUUAAACAUAUUUUAUGAAUAAUAGAUAUUUCUGUGGGAUGCUGUACAAUAUAAUUAGAGUAUGUUUUAUUUAAUUAAUUGUUUUGUAUGUAUUUCUAACAAUGGAUUCAAUACGUAGCGUAUAAAAUACACAUUUUUGCAUUUUCAAGUAUUUCACUGUGAAUGAAUAUAAAAAGCGUAAAAUGUUAAUUUAUAGUUAAUGUACAAUAUUUCACAUGUUUACUGGUUCAGUGUAAAAAUUUGUUGUAAUUUCCAAUAGCGCGUGCUAUCUGGUUAUGUAUGUAAAAGGCCUUUUACUUUAGUUGAUAAAUUGUCUGUGAUUCAUGUUUUAUUUUGAAGAUGAUUGGUUGAUGUUUACAAAUCACCAUUUUGUGAUAUGUAUUGUAAUCUAUGUUAAUGUAAUCUCAAUUCUUGUAACAUACCAUAGAUAUUAGAACUGGAAUUAUAGGCUUCUAUUAAAAAUAAAGAAAAGAUUUUUCCAAAAUUACGUUUUGCGAAUCAAGGUGUCCUUACAAACAUGUAAAUGUAUGUUACUGAUAACUUUAUAUUUAUUUUUUAUUUUAUUUCAUUUCAUUUAUUUCUUCAGGUAAAUUAUGUAUAUUUUUAUUGUUAAUAGUAUUUGAAAGACAUGUAGCUUAUUUAAUUUAUUUCGAAUUGUACAUAUAUUAUGAAUAAAAAACUUAUACCAUCGUAA